CCGCGGCUUAAAUCCAGUCGCGCGGGCAACUUUGCAGCGUGUGGUUGCGUCGUGUUGUAUCGUUGUCUCGCUUUGCGUCGCGUCGUGUCGUGUUGUGGUGGUGGCGGUGCCGUUGACGGUGACGGAGGCGGCGGCUGCAGCGCUGACGGUGGUUUACAUUCGGGGAAUUCUCUUGUGCGUGACAAUAUUACCGAAACCUAACUCAACUCUAAACCUGAUACAGCGUCUUAACAAUAACACGCGCAAGUGUGACGUAUGCGUGAAUUCUUUCGGUGCCCUCGCGAAGUUGUGCAGUGUCGCGUGGUGUCUCUUUCCGCUUCUCUCUUUCUCCGUCCACUUAUCCCUCCGGCCCUUUAAUUCCCCCAAAGUAUAAAUAUUAUCGAUCGGUGCGACAGGAUAGUUGGAAAAAUUAAACAUAGUGUCAGGAAAAACUGGGAUUGGCGUUGCCUGGCGUGUAGCUGAUGCCAAGGUGCUGUUGAGGCUCACCAUCGAUCUCUGAGAUCCGGGGAAUGACAAAAAGCCGGAGUCAGCAGCGGAUGCCUGAAAUGCGUGACCUGCGUGUCUAACGCAGAUGUAAAUCAAUGAAUCUGGGAUCCUAAGUUGGCUGAUCGCGAGCUUCGCGAUGGACGGAGGAUUGAAGCAAUCCUCCGCAAGUUUCACCGCGGGCCACGAACUCGGCUCGGAGACGACGGGUUCCGCUGAGGAAGGCAUCCUCCUUGCCAGGGUGCACGUGCCUGAGCUCAACGUCAGCAAAUGUCUUCAAUUCCCGAAGGAUCAGCUUGUCUGGGAUGUCAAGCAGCAGUGUCUCGCCUCGCUACCCAAGGUGGCUACUUGGUACAGGGAACUCAAGGAAAGUUUCAACUAUGGGCUGUUCUGCCCACCAGUUAACGGAAAAGCGGGAAAAUUCCUGGACGAAGAACGUCGUUUGGGGGAUUAUCCGUUUAACGGACCAGUCGGCUACCUAGAGUUGAAGUACAAAAGACGUGUGUACAAAAUGCUUCAUUUGGAUGAGAAGCAACUAAAAGCAAUGCACACCAGAGCAAACCUCCGAAGACUGCUGGAUUACGUAGCUAAUAGUCAAGUAGAAAAAAUAGCUAAAAUGUGCAGCAAAGGACUCGAUCCAAAUUUUCAUUGUCAAGAAUCAGGUGAAACCCCGCUAACGUUGGCAGCUACCCUAAAAAAACCGUCCAAAGUGAUCAUCGCAUUGGUGAAUGGUGGAGCCCUCCUAGAUUACCGAACAAAAGAGGGACUGACGGCUAUGCAUCGGGCCGUCGAGCGAAAUAGCUUAGACGCGGUGAAAACGUUGUUGGAACUGGGGGCUAGUCCAAAUUACAAGGACACCAAAGGCUUGACACCGCUUUACUACAGCGUCACGUACAAGACGGAUCCUAUGCUCUGCGAAACUCUCCUUCACGAUCACGCCACUAUCGGUGCUCAGGAUCUUCAGGGCUGGCAGGAGGUCCAUCAGGCCUGUCGAAAUAAUUUAGUACAACACCUUGACCACCUUCUUUUCUACGGGGCUGAUAUGAAUACAAGAAAUGCGUCUGGGAAUACUCCUCUGCACGUAUGCGCUGUCAACAACACAGACUCGUCGUGCAUUCGACAACUUCUUUUCCGAGGUGCUCAAAAAGACAGUCUCAACUAUGCAAAUCAAACACCGUACCAGGUCGCCGUGAUCGCUGGUAAUAUGGAUCUAGCGGAAGUUAUUAAAAAUUAUCAAGCCGAAGAAGUUGUACCGUUUAAAGGGCCUCCACGCUACAACCCGAAACGCCGCUCUAUGGCUUUUGGCGGUAUGACGACAAGCUGUUCGGCUAGCAACCUGGGAACUCUUACCAGAGUACCGUCUACCGAUCAGCAGCAUGACGUGUCGGGUCCUCUCAUUACGAGAACAAUUUCCAUUGAAGAGUAUGCCGGAGUGACAUUGACGAGGAUGCAGCACGCGGAGACGCAUAGCGGUAUAAAAAAUAUCGCGGCUAGAACACCGUUUGCCGAAGAAUUUACUGCAGGCACUUUGACCAGAAUUCCCUCGAUCGAACAAUACAAUUCUGGAGUUCGCACGCUGUCAAGAAUCCCAUCAGUCGAACACUACCCUCCUACGAAAAUGAGCGAAUUGCGCAAGAGCAGCCUAACCAGGUUACCGUCCAUGGAUCAAAGUGUCGGUGUGUCCAGAACAGAAUUUGGAACCCUCCAAAGAAUCCCGUCCGAACAACACUUGGGAGCCCUGGUCAGAAUACAAUCUGAUCAGCCUAACCUUGGCACUCUGGCUAGAACCGAACAGUUGAACACGCUCGACCGGAUACCGUCCGAAUACCAGAAUCCUAAUAGCUUAAGAGAUCCGAACACAAGAUUCCCACCUUCGGAGCACUAUCAAAACCUAAGAAUUGAGGGCCUCUCAAGGUUACAAGAGCAUAGGAUCGAGUUACAGCAUCGUCUGGACAUUCAUCGGACGAUGGACCUUCCACCGUCUCCAUCCCCAAGUAACAGAAGUCUCGCCCCGUUCAGCUCUGCUAGUUCUAGCCUGUCAGAGGGCAGCAAUCAACCGUCCGGCGAAGACUCAGCCAGCAUAGUUACAGACAAAAGCUUGGGUGAUACAGCAUCCGACGUUAUCAGCGAUAGCUCUGGUGUCGGUACAUCGCAAUCAGACACAACAAACUCUCUUUCAAUUCCUGGAACAACGGUCGUUUGUGUCGAAAGUUAUAAUACUGGAAUUAACGGGCACCUCGCAAUCAACCAAGGGGAUAUUCUGGAAGUCACAGGAGCCACGGAUUGCGGGUUGCUGGAAGGAAUUCUAAGGGGGCAAGGAACCGGUCUAUUUCCAGCGCACUGCGUACAAGAAGUGAGGCUGAGACAUACGAAUAUUCCAUUGGGUCCGCAAGCCACCAGAGAAGGACGAAACAGGGUAUUGGGACGUAGAGAAUCGCAGCAUAAAUACUUUGCAACCGCUCCACGUUUGAAGAAACCAGUGACGACGGAACCUCGUACCGUCGUGCUUCACAGAUCCAGAAAGGGCUUUGGUUUUGUAUUACGUGGAGCAAAAGCCACCUCACCACUAAUGGAGUUAACUCCGUCGACCAGAUAUCCCGCUUUACAGUAUCUCGAUGAUGUGGAUCAGGGCGGUGUUGCAGAUAUUGCCGGACUGAAAAAAGGGGAUUACUUGAUCCAGAUAAAUGGCGAAGAUGUGACAACAGCUUCGCACGAGCACGUCGUGGAUCUGAUAAGAAAAUCUGGUGAACUUGUUCGUAUGUGCGUUGUUUCGGCUGUUGUCGGACUUCCAAAUUCUCAGUCUGCCGCAGCAUUGCCCAUUAGUCAGCCAAUCCAAAGGCAAUACGCGACACUGCCGAGGAAAGGAAACAAUAAUGUGGUCAUUGGUGGCACUCUUGGUAGGUCACCGGCACCAAUGCCGCCGAGAAGAGAUCCUAAAACAACGUUGAGCGUCGGAAGGGCUAGAGCUCGAUCCAUGGUCGCUGGGUUGGAGGGCGGCGGAGAAAAGGAUGAUGGGGAUGAAAUAGCGUCCACAGGUGCCAAGUCCAGUAGUGCAGAGUCGAUACAUUUGCCCCAACAACCAUUGACAGGAUCGAACACCGGGCAGAGUACGCCUGUCCAACCGAGAACGGCUAGCAUUCGUUCAAGGCCAACGUCUAGUCGUAUCACUGCUGCCGAACUUGAGGAGUUGUUCCAGCGACAACAGGGUAGUGCUACUGGUCAGUAUGGCUCGUCAAUGAUGAGCUCCCACUUUCAAACUGGAAACCAUGCGACUAAAUCUCACCCUUCAUCACCGGCAAAAACUGGUCGUGUAUACGCCAGUGUGGCAGACAUGAAAAGGAAGGGAAAGUCGAACUCGAAGGUACGGUUCUUUGGUGGAUUGGGAGGUGGUUCCGAUCUUCACAGGGAUUUCCAUAGCACUCCGGAUUUGAACAUACAAGCGCAUUCUUAUAUUAUCGUCCCAAAAGGUCAUCGUAGUCAAGAGGAUGUGAAUGUGCUCGCCAGCAGAAACGCUCUACCUCCACCAAAUCAUCCUCCCCCGCCUCCACCUGUUGGUCAGGUUGUCAAAGUGAACGUUGGCACUAGUGCGUCCGAUGUGGUAACACCGGCUGCAUCGGUUUACGAUAACAUAGCGCAUAUCCAACAAGUCAAAGAAUUGGCUGCAGCAACACCAGAAUCUGUGUACGGCAUCAUGUCCAGCUUUCGUCCAACCAAUAGUGCCAAGUUGUACGCGUCGCCUGAAGACACAAAGACAGUAGGCUACCGCUCUCGCAGCUUGCCGGCGCACUCGGCAAGGCCGCACGUCAGGAAGUCUCACAGUCUCAGAACUCCGAACAAUUCAACAUUCAAACCACCUGGCCAGAGUAACAACCAGUUGACUAAGAAUCAGUACGCCCAGCCGUUGAAAACAAAUAGAAGUAACAAUACCGCAGGUCCUAGAGACAGGAAAAAGAAGGGUGGCAUGACAACAAGUUCGUCCGCAACGAAUUUAGCAGCACCGCCUAUACCCGAGCCAGAUUACAGCCUCUCAGAAUCGGAAAAUGAUGAAACCGACGGUGAAUCAGACAUUGCCAAGGCGUUGGAAAAAGCGGCAGCGAGGGAAAAAAUAGAAUCUGCCAAAGAAACGUCGGGGAACUCGAACGACUCUGGCAGCUCUUCCGGAAGCAGUUCGAUUCCACAUUCGUUCAGCGUUGAUGAAAUUCAAAAGGUCAGGACGCAGCUUAAGUCAUCUAAGAGCUAUCCUAAUGACUUUUUGUUGCAACAGACCCAACAGCUGAUGGAAGACGGUGACAACAGCUCUAGCGGUGUGAGCUCUGAUCAAGACGUGCCGGUCGGACCGCCGACAGGGUUUGACGACUCCCGGAACGAGAACAAUACCCACCCCAUGCCAGCGGAUAAAGAAAGUAACCCAAAGAGAAUGAGCUACAGCAGCGGGAUGCUGACCAGGCAUGCCGUCAGCCUGGCUCAGCUGCCCCCGCCGAUAGAAGCCGAAGCCGACGAACAGAACAACGAUUUAUUUGUCCCACCUCCACCGGAAUUUAAUGCAGGGCCAUCGUCAGGCAGUAGCGACGAGCCGGUGUUUGCACCACCGCCUCAGUUUUGCGACAACAGGCAGCAAAACCGUGUAAAAAUAAUCGGAGCUAUCCCUAAAGUUGGAAAUAAUCAAGUAAAACCGCCCAGUGGAAGAUUGCACAGUCAGUGAACGGCUUGUUGGUGUUAUGACUGCAGAACUGCUGUGCGCGUGUGAAUGCUGUAUACGUACAUACAUACAUAAAUACCCGGAACGCGCAGAACUUGAUGUGCAUAUACGUAUGUGAUGCCUGUAUACAUUGGUCUUGAUGGACAAACCGUUAUAUUCAUAUUGUCCUUGUACGGCACAUAUAUAUACAUUGUAGUUGUUUUCUUUACUACAGACACCGCUCAAGAGCCUAAUAAAACUGCACAAUCACAAAGUCAUAAAAAAUGUUUGUAGUUUUUAAUAAUAUAAGCAAAUGCAUAAUUAUUACCAUCAACAAAGCAUGAGCUUAUCGCGAAUUCUCGCCGAUACAUUCUUGUACUGCAAUACUCGACUUGUUAAAUAGUAGUCUUUAUUCCUUCCAUGCAUAAAUCUGUUCCUAAGAAUUAUUUCAUUGUAAAGUAAACUAUCAUAGUCUGAAAAAACUAUUAGGAAAUGUGGGAAACUAUUUAUUCCCGGCUGAAAAUUGAUAUUUGAUUGUGUUUCAAGUUCUCAUAUCUUCUGUUGAAUUUUCGAAACAAAAUAUCUCUGCUCAUACUUAACUACUAUCAUUGUUAUAGAGCUACAUAUAUGGUUUCACAUUCAUAGACUAAUAACUGCCCAGAUAAGCAGUUCAACAAUUGAUGGUUCUUGGGUACAGUAUCCUGUUUCAUUGUAUAUUUUAAUAUACAUAUAUUGAUAAUGAAGAAUAUUGGAAUGCACACAGUUGUAUGUUUGUCACUAGUAAUAACUAUAAAUAAGUAUUGCUUUAAACGUGAGUUAUUUCUACAAACGACGUCCAUGAUGCUUCAUCUCUCUGUUGUAAAUUAUUUUUUCCCCAUGUGCGUAUCAAUCCAACUUUAUAAUAAUUCAUUGUACAUGUUCAAAUAGUGUCAAACCAGGGUCGAUAAAUAUUCAUGCGCAAGCAAAAAAAAAAAAAAAACAAGAAAACAAUGUAUAGGUAUGCAAGUGUGUAAUGAUACAUGGUUGCGGGAAAGAAUUAUGGUGAUACGUACCAUGUAUACCUUACAAUCAAGCCUACAUAAAUAUUAUACUAUAAUUGAGUAGAGAAAAGUUUAUCGAACUGUACUUCGUAAUACUUUGCAUACGGUUUUUGUUAACCUCGUUAAUAGUUAUUUAUACAGCUAUUUCCAGUUAUUGCAUCACGACAAUAGAAAUUUCAUUUGUUGGAAUUCUCUUUUAGUGUAUAUUUGUGUGUAAUGUAUAGUACAUGCCUACACCAUAGCAACUUUAUAAAGAGGCAAAUUAGAUUUGCGACAUGUGCAUACAGAAGUUCGAUCCAAGGGAAUUGGUUUGACAUAUUUGAUUUCUCUGACGAGACUCACGUAUCGAAAAAUAUAAGGAUGUUUGAAAAUUUAUUGAUCUUAGCAAAACUGCAAGUUUUUAUGAAUCCUGAAAAUGAAAAUGAUUGUUUGUAAUAAUCGAGAAAAUUGGCAUAUAUUUGAUCCAACGGGGUCAAUGUCACAAGAAAAAUUAAUUAAAUAGAGUAGGGGAAGGGUCAAGGGUGAGUAGAUUUGGCACAGAAUUCCAGGUGUUUGUUAUGUACCUAUAUAUAAGUAUAGCUGGCGUUCCCUGUGGAAUGCCGAAUCAUCCGCUGUUCACCAUUCGAAGAAUAGUUGUAGUAAUGACAUGCCAUAUUAGUGAAAAGAGUAUUAUAAAAAAUAUAUAUAAUAUAGUAUAUAAUUUAACAUAAUAUAGUAUGAUAUGAUAUACCAUAUAUAUCGGGUACAGCCACUGCAAUUAUGAUUCCAGCAUUGACACUUCCUUAAUAAUAUUAGUACUCAUUGAAGCUGGAGUGAAACUGAAGUAGUGUACUAUAUUAUAAAGUGACUGAUCGCAACUACGAUAUAUAGAUAAAUGCCAUUUUGGAUGAAACUGCAAUUAUACCUAGUAUGAAUAACAUUUGUAUUAUGUAAUACGGACGUGAUUUUCGCUACACUUUUUUCACUUCAAUGAAACCUACACAGUCUCAAAGUCAUAUACCUUCUGUAAAAGAAAAAUGGAUAUCCAAGAGAUAAUUAUAGAUAUAAGUAUCUAAAAUGCAAAUAUCGGUAUGUAUAAAGCAUAAUGCAUCUACGCAUCUAUCAAAGAACUCUGCGCGUCCAUAAUAAUAGUUCAUUCAAGUAUCUCUGCGGUUCAUCCUCUUGUUUCGCACGAUCUAAUUUGUCCAUCGACCCACGCAGUUUCAAUUUAUGACUUGAUUUUAGCCAGAAACAAGUGUUAUCGUCAAAAGCAAGUCGUGUAAGUGGUAUAUAGUCGAACAACUUACCACAAUUACAUAUAUAAUAUACUAUGCAUACAUACAUACAUACAUACACAUAUAAAUACAUACAUCGUGUGACUUGCGAAGUAAUCGCCGAGUUUACUCAUACAUGCGUCCUGUAAACAUAACUAAACCUCGUAUCUGGUCUUUCAAUUGGGAUGAAGUUCGUGGCAUGAACAUGUGUUUGAGUAAGCGUCGAUGUACGUUUGCAACACUGCGUGGCUAGAGGAAUGGAAUAGGACCUCAGAUUUUUUGAAAAUUCGCUAUAAUCGAUUCUUCUGCCAAUUCCUGUGUAGAUCUUGCACUAUUUAUAUGUAUAUUAAAGACUCAGAACUGAAAAAAGAGAUCGAACUUAAAGUAUUACUGACUUUCUAUGAAAUGAAUUUGAUCGCAUUGCACAAAGGGUCAAGUUUGGUUUAGCCAUGGAUAAGUGUAUGCUCAUAACUUGGAUUUCGCUACGAAACGAUGAUUGGGAAGAUGAGAAUUCAUUUUAUUCCUUCUUCUUAGCGGAAUUUCAGGCAACAAUUAUUAUUAUACACAUGUACACAGUACAAUAUAUGACGUUAAUCUGUGAACGUGAUCAUUAAAUACCAUACAGAGCAAUGGUUAUAGUAAAAUAGCAACUAAAAAGCGUAUCGAAUGGUAUUUCAAACGACUGAACAUCGGAGCAUUUAUUUUAUUUAACUUUUCUCUUUCCAUUAUGCCUAUAAUACUAUACGUACACACUUUAGCAAAUUGCCAUCUAGUACUACGUAAUACAUACACGCAUAUGUCCACUUUUUGAUUAUGAUUGAAACUGUUGCUGCUGCUGUUGUUGUUAUUCUUAUUAUUCUAAUUUUUAAUACCAUUGUCAUCAUCAUCGUCAUUAUUAUUGAUACUUUCAUUAUUAUUAUUACUGUAACUGUCGCCGUCGGCAUCGUUGUCACUAUUAUCGUCAUCAUUCGCGUCAUUAUUGUUACAAUAAUUAUGGUUCUCAUUGUAAUUAUUAUAAUUAAUAUUGUAUUUUGUAUGAUAGUAUUAGACUGUAAGAUGCAGAGGUAUGUGCAAUUUUUUGAGAGUGAAUAAUAACACAGAUGUUCAAUUCCA